GGUAGAACGUCAGAGUUAUGUACCGACCGCUGACGGUCUGUUGUUUACUCGCGACCACGUGGUUAUCGGUGGACGCCGGUGCCGUCGGCAUCGAACAAAACCAGAAGGAGAACGUGCGGAAUUCGAUCACCUUCGACGUCAACGAAAAUCUUCGAAUAACGGCGAGCAAAACGGAAGACUUUCUGGAGUUGAGGUUAGGGGUGAGGAACGCCACUGGCGUCGCGAGAGGCAUGAAGACCUCGAUGCAAAAGUUGGUGCCCUACGUCGCGGUGCCAGCCCUGGUGAUGGCCGGCAUCAUGCCUUGGGUGAUGCCCGGACUACAGCUCGCCACCACCGCCGUCACCAUGAUAAACCAGAUGGCGUUCACGUCGUCUUUGGUGAUGUUGAUACGCAGCUACAUUUUCGAUCCCAAGCCGGACGAGCAUGUCGUUUAUAUCAAUCACGGGUACAAAAAUAAGGGCGUCGAGGGCAACGACUACAAACGGUGAUGAAGUUGGAUUAUUUGUGU